AUGACCGGCAUGGUUCAGACUGACCUAGCUCAUCCAACCGCGUCCAAAUACAAAGACGAACCCGUGGAAGAUCCUCAUCGGCAUCAAGGCCCACAACACCCACAUCUCCAGCAUCCCAGACCAACCCUAGUUCAGCCUCAGAAGCAGCCAGGCUCACCACACCAACCCCCAAGUACAUUGCCCCCUGGAUCAUACGCACCCCACGCGCUGGCAAACGGGGUUUUGCAUCACCAGCACCCUUACGGCCAACCUUCCGAGCAACCGUACUAUACUUCUCAUUCUUCUUAUACGACAGCCAGUGCGCCGAGCCAGUAUUCAUCUAGUGGACCAUCUGAAAUGAUGGCUACAGCCACGCAAAUGCAACGGCCAUAUCCUCCAAUUUACCAUACCCCCCAGUCUAGCUCGCCUGCGUCGGUGGCCUCUCAAACGCAUGAACAACAUAAUCGAAGUCUCUUUACGCAAUCUCCCCAAAUGACGUCCCAGAUGUAUGGAUACCCACCCUACCCAGCUAUGAACCCGGUGCAGCCUCCGCCGUACGGGCCGAAUACAUCUCCCCAACAGCACCCUCUCACCUCGCAAUCGAUGAUGAUUCCCCAUCAGACAAGCACCGCGCAAUUGCCACAUCAUCCGGCCCAGGCUCCCAUUGGGCCCAUCGGAGGAAGCCCCACGACAGCCACAGCACAACAGCCAACCCCGCCACAGAGGACGAUGUUGAACCCGCCACAUCCUACCAGUACGGGGGCUCCUCUCUCAACCAGUACUGUCCACCACCAGAGCCCCAGUGUCGGGGCCAGCUCUAGUGCCGCACCUGGCCCAAUUCCAGCAACGACGCCAUUGGUUGUACGGCAAGAUAGCAACGGAGUCCAAUGGAUUGCGUUCGAAUACUCCCGGGACCGGGUGAAGAUGGAGUAUACCAUCAGGUGCGAUGUCGAAUCAGUUAACGUGGAUAAUCUUAGCCAGGACUUCAAGACAGAGAACUGCGUCUAUCCCCGAGCCUGUUGCAGCAAGGAUCAAUACAAAGGUAACCGGUUGGUAUACGAGACCGAAUGUAACGCUGUUGGGUGGGCGUUGGCAGAGCUUAACCCUGCCUUGAGAGGGAAGCGUGGUCUAAUCCAACGUGCCGUUGAUAGCUGGAGAAACAGCAACCAGGACCCCCGACUUCGAAGCAGGCGCGUGCGGAGGAUGGCCAAAAUUAGUCGGCGACAGGGAAUCCCAGCACAGUCAUCUCACAUGGCUCCCUCCACCCCGGUUGCUCCGGGGGUUCCAACUCCCACUAUGGCGGCACCUGUCCCACGCCCCACUCUAGGGCCCCUGUCUAUGGGUCCCCCCCAGCUCCACCAUCACCACCAACCUGAAGCUGGCCAUGAGGAAGUUAGCGGCACCUCCGAUUUUACGAACGGUACCAGCCGUGCACCCGCCCCUGACGUUCUUCUGCAACCUGGACAUUUGCCAACGGACCACCGCACGGCGCAGGUGUUCCACGGCUAUCCCUCCUACCCGACUUCCGCGAGUGCUUCAGGGGGCUCCCGAGGCCCUUCGAUACCACCACUUCUUCGGGAUAGCGGGAUCGGGACCUUAGGACGCCACCCAGCCGUGGCCACCUCCUCGACCCGAAUGGACGACGUGGACGAAGACGACGACGAACGAAACCCAAGCAACGAAGCCCUCUUCGGCACGCUUCCCGAAGGCAAACGCCGCAAGUUCAUCCUCGUGGACGACAACCAACGGGGAUGCCGCGUCCGCGUCAAGGUCAUGUUGGAUCAGGUCGACAUGGAUGAGAUCCCGGACUCCUACCGCAUGUCCAACUCUGUAUACCCUCGGACCUACUUCCCCGUUCAGAUGAGGGAUCCUCCGGGCCGAGUCCUUCCCGGCAACCGGUACAUGAAGGAUGUCUCUGGACUCGACGAUGACGACGAAAGCCCGACCGUGGGCAAGACCAUGGUCCCCGCUCCGCAGAUCGACGGGGACGGUGAGAUUGCGGUUCCCAGACUGUCGCGCGGACGACGGAAGACGGAGGUCCUCUUGAAUGAUCUGGGCUAUCGAAUGAGCUGGAGUCAGAGCCGAGUAUUCGCCGGCCGAAUGCUGUUCCUGCAGCGAUCGCUUGACGCGUACCGGAACAAAAUGCGCAGUACGAUGCUCGCUGCGGGCCAGGAGACAUCCACGAUCCCCCGACACUUCGAGACCCGACCGGGCAAGCGACGGUUUCUCGAGCGCAAUCGACGGGCCCCCGGGGGGUCGUCGGCUCAGGGUACCGUGUCUGCUUCCCAACGCAGCGCCGAGGAAGUCGAAGCCUGA